GCCUUGCUGGGGUUGGGCCUCCCCUUACCAAACCCACACAAUGAAAAAAAAAACCAAAACAAAAGAAAUUCUCUGAAAUUCUCAUUUCUUUCGAUUCCUCUUCAUCCGUUUGUCUCCGCUCCUCUCUCUCUCUCUCUCGCUUUCGCUCUUGCUCAGUCGAUUACCAUAUCUGAAGCCAAUUACGAUGCGCUUCUGAUUGAUUGAUGUCUCAGUCUCACCACAACAAGCGCCCGAACUGUAACAGCAGCAGCAGCGGCGGCGGCGGUGGUGGUGGUGGCCCUUUUCAGAUCAUGAAGAAAGCCAAGUCGCAGCCUGUGACUUGUUCCAUAGAGAAGAACGGCAUUCAUCAGCAACAACAGCAGCAGAAUCAGAAUCAUUUCGUUAGUGAAAUCGAUGAGACCUCGAUGAUUGUUGAUGAGGAUCUCAAGGCUGAUGCUUCCGAUGUAUCUCCCAUGGCCCUCGGUGUUGGCUGUAGCGGUACGCCUACAGGUGUGGCUGCCAAUUUGUCAAGAAAGAAGGCCACGCCGCCUCAGCCUGCGAAGAAACUCGUUAUCAAGCUUGUCAAAGCCAAACCUACACUUCCUACCAAUUUUGAGGAGGAUACAUGGGCAAUGUUGAAGUCAGCUAUUAGUGCUAUCUUUUUGAAGGAACCAAAUCCUUCCGACUCUGAGAAGCUUUAUCAGGCUGUUUAUGAACUCUGCUUGCACAAGAUGGGAGCAAAUCUGUAUAAACAAAUUGAGAAAGAAUGUGCAGCACACAUUUCUGCAGCCCUACAGUCAUUGGUUGGCCAGAGCCCGGAUCUGGUGGUUUUCUUGUCUCUUGUACAGAAGUGUUGGCAGGAUCUUUGUGACCAGAUGUUGAUGAUUCGUGGUAUAGCCCUUUAUCUUGACAGGACAUAUGUGAAACAAAACCCAAAUGUGCGUUCAUUGUGGGAUAUGGGGUUGCAGUUGUUCCGCAAGCAUCUUUCUUUUUCUCCAGAAGUUGAGCACAAAACAGUCACUGGCCUUUUAAGAUUAAUUGAAAAAGAAAGAUUAGGUGAAGCUAUUGAUAGGGCACUCCUUAACCAUCUUUUGAAGAUGUUUACUGCUCUAGGAAUCUACUCAGAAAGCUUUGAAAAGCCAUUUCUUGAGUGCACAUCUGAAUUCUAUGCUUCUGAGGGUGUGAAGUACAUGCAGCAAUCAGAUGUUCCACAUUACUUGAAGCAUGUGGAGUCAAGAUUGCAUGAAGAACAUGAAAGGUGUAUACUCUACUUAGACGCAAGUACAAGGAAACCACUAGUGGCAACUGCAGAGAAGCAACUUCUUGAAUGUCAUACUUCUGCAAUACUUGAUAAGGGAUUCACAAUGCUGAUGGAUGGAAAUCGAAUUGAGGACCUUCGGAGGAUGUACACUCUGUUUGCAAGGGUAAAUGCCCUUGAAUCAUUGCGGCAAGCCCUUAGUUCUUACAUACGGGGUACUGGGCAGGGCGUUAUCAUGGAUGAAGAGAAAGACAAAGAUCUGGUGCCCUGUCUCUUAGACUUUAAGGCUUCUCUUGAUACAAUCUGGGAAGAAAGCUUCUCAAGGAAUGAGUCAUUUUCUAACACCAUAAAGGAUGCAUUUGAGCAUCUCAUCAAUCUCCGCCAGAACCGUCCUGCGGAGCUUAUUGCUAAGUUUCUGGAUGAAAAGCUUCGUGCUGGUAAUAAGGGUACAUCUGAAGAAGAGCUUGAGAGUACACUUGAUAAAGUCCUGGUUUUAUUCCGAUUUAUACAAGGUAAAGAUGUUUUUGAAGCAUUCUAUAAGAAGGAUCUCGCUAAAAGGUUGCUUUUAGGAAAGAGUGCCUCUAUUGAUGCAGAGAAGUCAAUGAUUUCUAAGCUGAAGACUGAAUGUGGCAGCCAGUUUACAAAUAAACUUGAAGGAAUGUUUAAGGAUAUUGAGUUAUCAAAAGAGAUAAAUGAGUCCUUCAAACAAUCAUCCCAGGCAAGGACAAAACUCCCGACGGGUAUUGAGUUGAGUGUCCAUGUCUUAACAACAGGGUACUGGCCUACAUAUCCACCAAUGGAUGUUCGGCUUCCACAUGAACUAAAUGUUUAUCAGGACAUUUUCAAGGAGUUCUACUUGAGCAAGUACAGUGGGAGGCGCUUAAUGUGGCAAAAUUCACUUGGUCAUUGUGUACUGAAGGCAGAGUUCCCGAAAGGUAAAAAGGAGCUGGCAGUGUCGCUAUUUCAGACUGUUGUUCUGAUGCUGUUUAACGAUGCCCACAAGCUUAGCUUUCAAGACAUCAAGGAUUCGACAGGUGUUGAGGAUAAGGAGCUCAGAAGGACCCUUCAGUCGCUCGCAUGCGGAAAAGUUCGCGUACUUCAAAAGAUCCCCAAAGGGAGAGAUGUGGAGGAUAAUGACUCAUUUGUGUUCAAUGAAGAAUUUAGUGCCCCACUCUACCGCAUAAAGGUAAAUGCUAUCCAGAUGAAGGAGACAGUAGAGGAGAAUACAAGUACUACAGAAAGAGUAUUCCAGGACCGGCAAUACCAGGUUGAUGCAGCCAUUGUCCGAAUAAUGAAGACAAGGAAAGUGCUGAGCCACACCCUCUUGAUAACUGAGCUCUUUCAGCAGCUCAAGUUUCCAAUAAAGCCAGCUGAUUUGAAGAAAAGGAUAGAAAGCCUCAUUGACAGGGAAUACCUGGAGCGGGAUAAGAGUAACCCACAGAUAUACAACUAUCUGGCCUGAUCCAUAUCAUCUCAUUAUGGUUUCUUGUAAAUGGAAAAGGAAACUGCAAUGCUCUAUACUGCAAUCCUCUUUGAGGGGGAAGACGUUGUGAUCCCCGUCAAAUCCAGUUGAUCACUUACUAGAAUGUACAGGAACCUGUAGUUUUAGUUUUUGUUGUGUUCAGCACUGUAAAGUGUAUUCUCUUUCAAUUUCUCUUUCAAUCUCAAUUUCUUUGUCUUGUGGAAUUUACCACCUUGAGUGGGAGGGUCGAAUCAUUACAUCGAUUCAUCUCUAAUUAUACAGUUCAGAAGCAAUCCUUAAGAAAUCUCAACCUUGAGCACAUUACUGAA